ACUUCUACACCUCAAGCGAAACAGCAGUACAGCAUCACGAAGAGACACCGAGAUCGACCCCUUCAUCUCCAUGGCCGACGAGUGGUGGAGUCCUUCUCAGAGAAGCCACGGCACGUCGGCGUGCUCCGCCGCGCCACUCAUGGACACCGGUCAUGCAGCUGCAUGCGGCUGGACGUCCCCCGCUGCGGAGUCCACGAGCUCAAUAACCUUCCAGGACCCUCGCCGGAGCAGCAACACCUCUCACCAGCCUUUAUCUGAUGCCGUUUCCUCCCUUGCCGAUCCACGCAUGGACUGGACGCAGGCCUUCUUGAGCGGGAGAAGCGACGCUGGCUUCCAAGCCAUGCUUCAAGACGACAUGGCGGCGUCAACGACGACGAGGCCCUUAUUUCGAGCUCAUCAGCCGUCGGCCAUCGAGACCGUGAUGAAUAACCCAUUCAGGGACAUGGGCCACGGCUUCGGCUUGCUCGACCAGGUUCCUGCAGCGUCCUCUCCGUAUAGCACGGCCCCGAUGGAUGGCAUGUUCGACAACGCGGCCGCGCCGGUGGCGGCGGGGCAUAACGUUCCGAUGUUCGGGGAGUGCCAGUCCACGGCGAGCUACGACGCCAGUUCGGCGGGGAUGCAGAUGCAAAGCGGUGGCGCCCAACUGCAGUACUUGUCCGGGUCCGGCAGCUACAUGCCUUUCGGUGGUGCCGCUCUAUCGUCGCAUCUUCUCUUGCAAGCCCUACAACCCAAAACCAGCUACAGCUCGAACUCCAGUAAUCUCAUGGCCAAGUCUGCCGAGCACGCCUGCUCACCGGCGGGGAGGAAAAUCGAAUCCGACAGCCCGGCGGCAGCGAAAAGGCCGCGGAUCGAGGCGCCAUCGCCGUUGCCCACGUUUAAGGUGAGGAAAGAGAAGCUAGGGGACAGAAUCACUGCGCUCCAGCAACUAGUCUCGCCUUUUGGAAAGACCGAUACCGCAUCGGUUCUUCACGAGGCCAACGAAUACAUCAAGUUCCUCCAUGACCAAGUUGCGUCUCUGACCUAUCCGUAUUUGAAGAAGGCGAACCCAUUGCAGCAGUUCCAGCCGAAGGGUUCUGAGAAUGCAAAAAACGACAGUGGCGAGCCGAAGAAGGAUCUCCGAAGCCGAGGCUUGUGCCUUGUGCCGGUAGCAACGACGUACACGGUUGCAAGCGAGACGGUGCCGGAAUUCUGGUACCCUACAUUUGGAGGCACGUUUAGGUAGAGAUGUAGGUAGUUUUGAUUAGCUUUCGGCGUGUACACGUGCUAAGCAAUUUGUACAUGUCGAGAUUACAAACAAACUCAGCACUGAGGCUAAAGCAAAGCAAAGCCACGUGUUCCUAGAAUACUAAGAAAUGUAUGUAAACGGUGACCACUGAACAUAA